UUGUUUAUAAAUACCCUCUCUGAGUCUGAGAGCCCACGAGACAAUCUCCAUCUCCUUUGGCUUUGCCGUUCUGCAGUGCUUGCUGUCAGGCUUGGCCAGGAACCAUGAGGCUCUGGGUCUGCAUCGCGUUGCUCUCCACUGUUCUGUGUGCAAGUGCUGACAGACCAGGGAUGGUCCAAGGACUAAUCCGAGCUGGACAAUUUGUCCGGGAUGCAGCGGGAGGGGCACGGGAUAUGCUCAGAGCAUAUCUGGACAUGCGCGAGGCAAAUUACAUAGGUGCUGACAAGUAUUUCCAUGCCCGUGGGAAUUACGAUGCUGCCCGUAGAGGACCUGGCGGUGCUUGGGCAGCGAGAGUGAUCAGCGACGCCCGGGAGAGCUUGCAGAGCUUCGGCGGCAGAGGCGCCGAGGACACCCGGGCGGACCAGGAGGCGAACGCGUGGGGCCGGAACGGCGGGGACCCGAACCGCUACCGGCCCAAGGGGCUGCCCAGCAAGUACUAGCGCUGUACGCCGCUCCUGUCACUCCUCCUUUUGUACAGCCGAAUAAAGAAAUCCU